UUCUCGAGAAGGCGAUAAUGGUAUAUAAAUCAUGAAAUCUUAAGCCUGGAUGAAGUGUAGCAUACAUACGAUCGAAGUCACACCGAGGAAUCCUGCGUACCCCCCCAACAAGGCAUCGUCUUCAAUUCCACCCCUCCCAACAAAUCCUAAAAAGCAGAACCAACCAUGCCAACCACCGGCCUUAUCGUAUGCAGCACACGUUCACCCCGUGCCGGGCUUCAAAUCAGCACCUUCAUCCACGAGACCAUUAAGCAAGCACAUCCGCAAGCAAGCAUUACAGUCAUUGACCUCGCGGAAUGGAACCUGCCACUAUAUAAUGAGCCGGGGAUCCCGUCGCGUAUCACAUCAGCUGAGGGUUACGUUCACGAGCACACCAAGGCCUGGUCGCGGGAGAUUUCGCGCUACGAUUCAUUCAUCUUCGUCACCCCCCAGUACAACUGGGGAUACCCUGCGAGUCUCAAGAAUGCGAUCGACUAUCUCUUCAAUGAAUGGAAGGGAAAGCCGGCGAUGGUUGUCAGUUAUGGCGGUCAUGGGGGUGGCAAAGCCGCGGCGCAGUUGCAGCAGGUGCUGCAGGGAUUGAGAAUGGUGCCCCUGGAGAGCACUGUUGGAUUAACCUUUCCCGAGAAGGGGAUCAUGGCACGCGCCGCGAUGGGGGAGGAUCUGGGGUUGGGAGGAGAGGGAGGUUUCUGGGCGGGAGAGAAGGAAGCAAUCCAGGGCUUAUUCCGGGAGUUGGUGGGAGUAGUGGAGAAGUCGAGUCUUCCAUCUCGCAUCAAUACUACCAAGGCACAAACGAAACCAUACGAUGUCUGCAUUCUGGGGGGCGGAGCAACCGGCACAUACGCCGCCAUUCGCCUUCAGGAUCGCGGAAAGCGGGUGGUGGUGAUCGAGCAGAACAACCGGCUCGGUGGCCACACGGAGACCUACUACCUCCCUAACGGUAGCCACGUCGACUACGGCGUCCAGGGUGUCUUCGACGACAAACUAAGCAGAAAGUUCUUCUCCCGCCUGGGGGUCAAAUGGCACCGUGUCCUUCCCAGCUUCAAAGGAGAGGACUUUGUGGACUUCACUACCGGUCGAAUGGCGGAGUCGCCCGUCGGCCUCGUCCAGUCCCUGCUUGCGCUCGUCCGAUAUCGAUUGGCACUGCGGCAAUUCCCCUUCCUUGAUAAGGGUCUCUACGAUUUGCCGGAUCCAGUUCCCGAAGCCAUCUUCCGCCCGUUGCGAGAGUUCAUCGAAGAGAACUCCCUCGAGGACGUGAUACCGAUGUUGUUCUUCUGGGCUCACGGGGUCGGGAACAUGCUCGACAUGCCAGCCCUCUACACCUUCCAGAACUUCGGUGUACCGCAUGUAUCCGCCGUCCUCGGCGGCUACAUCACACCAGAGAAGGGGAUGUACGAGUUGUACCGGGCAGCGGCCGCAGUACUUCGCAACGUGCAUUACCAGACCAAGGUCGUCGAGGCCAAACGCUCCGACUCCGGCGUCACGCUCACCGUCCAGCAUCUCAACGGCACCCACGACACCAUCGAAGCCGAGCAGCUCCUCGUGACCCACGCUCCAACCGUGGAAAAACUCCAGGGCUUCGAUCUCACUCAAGAAGAGAGUGACCUCUUCAGCAAGUGGUCCUGGCGCAAUUACUACGUGGCGGUGACCAGCAACAGCGGCAUUCCGGAUGGCCGAUACGUGACCAACACCAACCCCCGCACGGGACCGGGAUUCCUCCCCGAGAUGCCCUUUGAGUCCCUGAUCCAGUACAUGGGGGUGCCGGGUCACCCAAACACCAAGAUCGUGGGGCAGAUGAAUUUCACCGCGGAGGACGCCAAGCAGCUCAUCGCGUCGGAUUUUGCCCGCAUGAAGACCGCAGGCACGUAUUCGAUCCGUGAGCCCGAGGUCGUGGCGUUCGCGGAUCAUUCCCCAACGACCAUGAUGGUUUCUCCGGCGGACAUCCAGUCGGGAUUCUAUCGCCGGCUGUAUGCGCUGCAGGGGCAGAGGAGCACCUUCUACACGGGGUUGACCUUCUGUUCGGACUAUUCCUCGCUCCUCUGGGCGUUUACGGACUCGAUGCUUGAGAGAAUGCAACAGGGAUGA